AUGGCUUCCAUGCCGUUGGAACGUCUGAAAGCUCUGGAUGAGAUUGAAGAAGACAUAGCGCAAGUCCUCACUUCAGCAUCUCAUGCGUUGGCGGAAAUCAGCAAGGACAAGCCGAGCCAGAAGCAGGUCGACCAGCACAAAACGCAGUUCCUGAAUACCCUGAGCAGUGUGGAAACAGAGUUAACAAAGCACAUAAAUUACUUGAUACAAGUAUCCACGGGACAGCCACAUGAAGGCUCUAGUUAUGCAGCCGAGAAAUCCUUACUCAUGGCCGGACAGCGUCUAGAUCACUCCAAACGGAGACUGUCAGAAUUAGAGAGUAUCAAAAACUAUUAUCCCCUUCCGUCUGUGCCCAGGCCUGCUUUUGGUGGGCCGAAUUCAAAUCAGUCGGUCAAUGGGAACUUACCCGGAGUCCCGGACUUGAAUUAA